CAACCUGCAGACCUUAAUCAACACUGCCAUCGAAGCCGCUGAACGACUCUUAUCAACAUCAUCUGUCUCACUUCGGAGCCAAAAAUGAAUGAUGCUCUUGCCCCUGGCCAAGGUCCAACAGCCUUGAACUCCACACAGACAGCACCUAAGGAAGUGCAAAUUAGCAUGGGCCAGGACAAAGCUAAUGCCAGGAAGAAGAGUAACUGUCGUAGCUGGCUUCUGCUGGUGCUCUUGAUGCCAGCCGUAGCCGCGAUUGUCACUGUGGUCUGGUAUUACGAGGGAACCUGGUACGGACUAGCUGCCCUCUAUCUGGGCUUGAUGGUUCUGAUGCUGGUGAAGCCAGGUUGGCGAUGGUUUUAUAUAGCGGCGGUGACUGGGCCACGCGAUACCAGCGCUCUGAUUGCGUACAUACGCGUCUUGCUCUUUAUCAAACGGCUGGAGAGGAAGAACCUCAACGUGGGCGACGUCUUCGAGGCGACAGUGGCUAGGCAGCCGGACAAGCUGGCCAUCGUCAGCGAGUCGCAGAAGUGGACGUUCCGGCAGCUAAGCGAAUAUGCGAACCGCGUCGCCAACGUGUUCCACAGCCAUGGCUAUAAGAAGGGCGACGUAGUCGGUCUGCUGCUGGAGAAUCGCGCCGAGUUCGUGGGCACCUGGCUGGGCCUGUCCAAGAUAGGCGUUAUCACGCCCCUGAUCAAUACGAACCUGCGUGGUGCCUCGCUGCUGCACAGCAUUAAAGUGGGCAGCUGCACGGCGCUCAUCUACGGCGUGAGCUACCGGUCGGCGGUAAUGGAUAUUGCCAAGGAUCUGCCCGCCCAUGUGGCGCUCUAUCAAUUCAACGACGAGUCAACUGCAGGUGAACCCACGGAAGGCAUAGCGCAGGACUUGAACACCCUGCUGGAGUCGGCGCCCAAGGAUAAGGUCGCCGCCGGGGCUAGUCGGGCCGAUCACCACGAUAAGCUGGUAUACAUCUACACAUCGGGCACGACCGGGCUGCCUAAGGCGGCCGUCAUUACACACUCGCGCUAUUUCUUCAUAGCCGCUGGGAUACACUACGCCUUGGGCUUCCGGGACAACGAUGUGUUCUACACCCCACUGCCACUUUACCACACGGCUGGCGGCACUAUGACCAUGGGCCAAGCGCUGCUCUUCGGGUCCACCGUGGUCAUACGCCAGAAAUUCAGCGCCUCGGGCUACUUUGCCGACUGCGCCCGCUUCAACUGCACGGUUGGCCAGUACAUUGGCGAGAUGGCGCGCUACGUGUUAGCUACGCCGAAUGCGCUACACGAUCGGCAGCACCAGGUGCGCAUGGUCUUUGGCAACGGGCUGCGCCCGCACAUCUGGAAGCAGUUCGUCGAGCGCUUCAACAUAGCUAAAGUGGGCGAGUUCUACGGUGCCACUGAGGGCAAUGCAAACAUUAUAAACAACGACAACACUGUGGGCGCCAUUGGCUUCGUUUCCCGCAUACUGCCGCAGAUCUACCCCAUUUCUAUAAUCCGCGCCGACCUCCACACUGGCGAGCCCACACGUAACGAGAAGGGCCUCUGUGAGCUGUGUGCUCCACAUGAACCAGGCGUGUUCAUAGGCAAAAUCGUUAAGGGCAAUCCCUCCCGUGAGUUCCUCGGAUAUGUGGACCCCAAGGCCUCCUCCAAGAAGGUCGUCUACGACGUAUUCUGCAAAGGCGACAAGGCAUUCAUAUCGGGCGAUCUGCUGGUGGCCGAUGAAUACGGUUAUCUAUACUUCAAGGAUCGCACGGGCGACACGUUCCGCUGGAAGGGCGAGAACGUCUCCACCAGCGAAGUGGAGGCAGUGCUCAGCAACCUGGUCAACUAUAAGGACACCAUUGUCUACGGGGUGUUCGUACCCCAGACAGAGGGACGCGCCGGCAUGGCCGCCAUCUAUGAUCCCAACCGGGAGGUAGAUGUGUCCCAUCUGGGCGCAGCACUUGCUAGCGUCGUGCCCAGCUAUGCCCGUCCGCAAUUCUUACGUUUCUUGCGUCGCAUCGAUCUAACAGGAACCUUCAAGCUGCGUAAGGUGGAGCUGCAGCAACAGGGCUACAAUCCAGCCACAAUCGAGGAUGAACUCUUCUUCUAUUCCCAAGACAAUGGCUGCUAUGUGCCAUUGACGCAGCCCAUCUACGACCAAAUACAACGUGCCGAGCUGCGCUUCUAAGCCAUCUGCAUCAUUAGUUCUUAGCUUUAAGUAUCAUAUAGGACUAAGAAGAGAGAACAAAUAUUUUAGAAGUGCUGCAGGC